AUGGGUGCUAUGUCCCUUCCUUCGGACGAGAUCCCCCAAACUCAGACGGUGGCUCUCGUUCGAGAACUGGGUGGCAGUGUGGAAUUCCGUGAAGGCUAUCCCGUUCCUACCCCAGGGUCGAAUGAGGUAUUAGCGAAGGUGCUCUACACAGGCGUCUGUCAGAGUGAUCUACAUACGAAAAACGGCACCGCCGCUGGUGCUGAUGGCAACCCAAUCACCAAGAUUAAACUGCCGCAUGUUGGAGGCCAUGAAGGCGUCGGGCAAAUUGUGGCUCUGGGCCCCAACUGUGACCCUGACCUGAAGGUCGGUGGACUGGUCGGCAUUCGCUUCGCUAGUCGGAUUUGUAGGAGAUGCGAAUUCUGCUUAGCCGGCACGGAACAGUACUGUGUCAAGGGCACGAACCACCUCCACCAUGAAGACGGCAGCUUCCAGCAGUAUAUCGCUUUGGAUGCCGACAAUCUCACUAUCCUUCCUGACGAUAUAGAUCCAAAGGUUAUCGGGCCGGUGCUGUGUGCUGGAGUCACAGCGUACAAGGCUGUUCUCAAUGCGAAUAUCCGGGCAGGCAACUGGCUCGUCGUUGUAGGUGCCGGAGGUGGUCUGGGACAUCUGGCUGUACAAUAUGCGAAGGCACAGGGAGCAUUGGUGAUCGGUGUUGACGCUGCCGACAAGCGAGAUUUUGUCCUUGGAUUGGGAGCUACCGAGUUCAUUGACUUCACUUCAACGGAUCCGGUGCAGCGGGUCCAUGAAAUUACCGGUCUUGGUGCGCAUGCUGUUGUUGUGACUGCGGGAAGUGCCAAAGCGUUCGCCCAUGCCUGUGACAUGCUGCGGGUUGGAGGCACUCUAAGCUGCGUUGGAAUCCCGCCGGGCCGUCCAGUACUGGAAACUCCUAUUUGCACGAUCGUAAUCAAAGGCCUCCGGGUUACCGGAAACCUUAUCGGCUCACUGAAAGAGUGCAUGGAGGCAGUAGAGUUGGUCCGACGUGGGGUUGUCAAACCGGAAAUCAAAGUUCGCACGUUCAAGGAGUUGCCUGAGGUGUACGAAGAGAUGGAGAAGGGUGACAUUGCAGGUAGAAUUGUCCUUCAAGUUUCGCAGUAGCUUACUCGUGCUGUAUAGUUCAGAGAAUAGCAGUUCUGCAGU